AUGGGCACCUGCACCAGCAAGGGCCACGCCGUUGUGCCAGUUUCUCUUCACAGGUUCAAGCCCGUAGGACGGCACAUGAGCCCUGAGUUGUCCUGCAGGAAGGAAUGCCCGAUGUGGUUGGUGCAUGUCUCCGAUGUCUUGAAGAUGUCAGGAGCUCCUUUGCCUCACGAGGAGCUGCGCAACUCUGGGCUGCUGAGACAGCACGAACCGCACCUCUUCACCAUUUUCGUCUCUCACCAAUGGUUAGGCCGCUCUCAUCCUGACGAAGAGGGUCUUCAGCUCACGGUGCUUCGCAGCUUGCUGCAGCGCCUCAUCGACGGCCGACAGGCUCUGCAGGAGGAGAGUCCAAGGAAGCUUACAGCGACGGAGCGCUCGCAACUGAAAGAUGCUUAUAUUUGGAUGGACUGGUUUUCAAUUCCACAGGAUGUGGCAAAAGACUCGGGCUCAUUCCAUGCAGCUGUGGCAUCCAUUCCGUAUUACGUGGAGUCCUGCAAUUUGUUCGUGGCUUUGGUGCCCCCAUUGCAGCACAGCUCUGGGCAGCCGUGCAAUUACGGCUCGUACUUGCAAAGGGGCUGGUGUCUGGCAGAAAUGUGGUGUCGGCAGCUGGGUUGUAAGGCGGACAUGCCCAUCGUUGUUGCGUUCAACUGGGACCAUGCAGAGUUCAUUAUGCCAAGGGACUGGGUGCGGCAGUUACCACUCGAGGGUGAGUGGUCGGAUCCAUCAGACAAGGCUAGGGUCAGAGAUUUCCUGCUGAUGUCCUUGGAAGCCAAGAUUCAAGUCUUGGAGAACUCCAACGAGACAGAUCUUUGUCGCUAUUUGAAGGCACGGAUCCAAGAGUUCUUGGGCCUUGCCAGUCCCAGACGCUCGGUCGGAUCCUUCCUCGCUCAUUUCGGUUUUCAGUCGGAAGAGGAGGCCAUUCGGCAGCGAAAAGGUAUGGGCCCAGUCGCUUGUGCGGUGUUAAGUUGUGAUAUGGAUGCGCUACGCCACUUUGCGGGUGCCGGUGCCCCAUUCACCACCCGAUUGCCACUGAUGUAUGAGGUGGAUCAGAUGGCUGGCUACACGCCCCUUCACCUUGCUGUGCUGGUUGGGCGCCGGACUCUGCUGCCGUUGGAAGAGCUACUCCGCCUACGUGCAGACCCCAAUACCAAGGACUCCAUGGGGGCACCGGUGCUGGGCACUUGUCGCUCCGUCGGGGCGGUGGAGCUUUUGCUACAACACCGAGCUGAUGUCAACCUCUGCGGCUUACCCACCAAGGCGACUCCGCUGACGAGAGCUUGUGCCGGUCUAGCUCCCAAAUAUGUGCUGGGAAAGCUUAUCGACUCCAAGGCAGCCGUCAAUGGCUACAGCGCUGGUCUUACGACAACUCCUUUGGCCAACUUGGUGAGCUUCAGCAAGGACACCCAAGAGGAUCAGGAGCUCGUUUCGUUCCUACUGCAGAAGAACGCGGAUCCGAACUUUGUCCACGGCAUCAAAGGCACUUGGAGGUUGCUGGAGCUGGGCUGUCGUGCGAUGCAGCUCAUGGGUAGGGAGCAGACGAUGCUACGGUACUUUGGCGAUGGAAGCACGACUCCUCUGGGCUAUGCUGCUAUAGCCGGGAAUCCAAAGCUGGUGUCCUGCCUUCUGGCUGCCAGAGCAGACCCCAAUCUGCGCAAUCGCCGGGGAAAUACGCCCGUGCAGCUUGCCCUCACGGCCAACGUGCAGAGCAUAUUUCGACAGACAUGUGGGAGUUUCGGUCCUGCAACUGCCUGCAGCUUGCUUGACAUGCCUGAUUUCAACGAGGAUGACCCCAUAGUCGAAGUUUCCUUUUAG